CCGGGGAGCCCGCGGCGCCUCCCGGCUCCGGCGAGUCCCUCCUUCCCCUCGGCGGCGCCGGCCGCCUCCCCCCCGGCCGCAGCCUGCGCUCGGCGGUGCCCGCCGGCCCCCCGCGGCGCCCAUGGCGGCGGAGCCUCAGCCCAAGGCGCUGACUCGCAAGCCCCUCCUGCUCAACAAAGUGGAGGGCUCGCAGGAGGUGGUGAACAUGGCAGCGAUAGUGCCCAAGGAGGACGGGGUCAUCAGCGUCUCCGAGGACAGAACAGUUCGUGUCUGGCUGAAGAGAGACAGUGGGCAGUACUGGCCCAGUAUAUACCAUGCAAUGCCAUCUCCAUGUUCAUGCAUGUCUUUUAACCCGGAAACCAGAAGGCUGUCCAUAGGUCUAGACAAUGGUACAAUCUCAGAAUUCAUUUUGUCAGAAGAUUACAACAAGAUGACACUAGUGAAAAGUUACCAGGCUCAUCAAAGCAGGGUCAUGAUGAUUCUGUUUGUCCUGGAGAUGGAGUGGGUGUUAAGCACCGGGCAAGACAAAAACUUCACGUGGCACUGUUCGGAGAGCGGCCAGCGGCUGGGAGGGUACCGCACCAGCGCAGGCGCCUGUGGCCUGCAAUUUGAUGUGGAAACCCGGCACGUGUUCGUGGGUGAUCAUUCCGGGCAAGUGACCAUACUCAAACUGGAGCAAGAGUCCUGCAGCCUUGUUACGACAUUUAAGGGACACACAGGUGGUGUCACUGCUCUCUGUUGGGACCCAAUACAGCGAGUGUUAUUCUCGGGCAGUUCUGAUCAUUCCAUUAUAAUGUGGGAUAUUGGAGGGAGAAAAGGAACAGCCAUCGAGCUCCAAGGACAUAACGAUAAAGUUCAGUCUCUCUCUUAUGCUCACCAUACUCGGCAGCUCAUCUCCUGCGGGGCAGACGGGGGAAUCGUCGUCUGGAACAUGGAUGUUGAGAGGCAGGAGACUCCAGAGUGGCUGGAUAGUGACUCCUGUCAAAAAUGUGACCAGCCUUUCUUCUGGAACUUCAAGCAAAUGUGGGACAGUAAGAAAAUAGGCCUCAGGCAGCAUCACUGUCGGAAGUGCGGGAAGGCCGUGUGCGGCAAAUGCAGCUCCAAGCGCUCCUCCAUCCCGCUGAUGGGCUUCGAGUUCGAAGUGAGGGUCUGCGACAGCUGCCACGAGUCCAUAACGGAGGAAGAGCGGGCCCCCACAGCUACUUUCCACGACAGUAAGCACAACAUCGUUCACGUACACUUUGAUGCCACCAGGGGAUGGCUGUUGACCUCAGGGACAGACAAGGUUAUUAAGUUGUGGGAUAUGACACCAGUAGUGUCUUGAUGGUACGUCAGUGGAGCUGGAAAGGUGAUAUUUAUGGAGGAACCAGCUAUCCUAACCCCAAUCAUACUGCAGAAGAUAGGUAACGCGGGGUGCAUACAGCAGAUGAGAAAGGAACUAAUGCGUUUACAGUGAUUUUUGCAUCCUCUGCUUGAUCAAGGCUGAACAUUUGCACGAAGACUCUUUCCACUUACGCUCGAAAUACACGAGAAGGUAUUUUUUUAACCAGUGGUUUGUACAAUCUGCCUCCGGUUGUCUUGAGGUUGUUCGGGAAACCCGUCUGUGGUGCAAUUUUUAGUUCUCUUACUUCAUCACGUCAAGGAUACUUGCUGCUUUGUACAGGGGGUUCUUGGGUUGUGUCUUAACCGUGCGAGUUUUCGGUAGCGACGUUUGGUUUGGGAUGUCCCUGCUGGCCCCGCUCUCCCCGGCAGAGGAGCCCCAGGCGUGUUCCCCGGGCGCGUCGCCGAGGAGCUGACGCGCUGUUGCGAUUCCUCAGAGGGCUCUACCACCUACUUAUCCCAGCGGACAGCACCUGGAGAGCGUUUUAUUGGGUUGUAGUAGCUAAAAUCCAGCUGCCUGCCUCUUCCCUUGUUGCACAAGCUGCAAAGCCAGGGGGCCAGGUUGCUUAGCAACUAAUUCCUACAAAAACUGCAAGAGUUUUCCAGCUCAGAGCGGUACAGGGAGCACACAGGCCUGCUUACCUUUGAUGAGGCUGGCAGGCUGAUUCAGAUGAAACCGUUGGCAAGAGGAACUUUUGGGAGCGUGUGCAUGCUGGGGCGGGGGGCGCAGAUCUGAGACUGGUCGAGGUCUGAAAAGUCUGGUUUACCUCUACCUCUACUUUGCGCAGCAACAUUUCAGCAUUUAUACCUGUCUGUGGUGUUGAAGAUGAAUUUGACUCCUCCUGUUUUCCAUACGGUUAGUCAUAUUUAUUUUUUAAAAUGCUGAUGGUUUUUAUUAAUUUCCUCUAUAGACCAGAAACUGGUAUUGCUGAAUGAUGCCCAUUGUCCUGUUGUCACGUUUUACAGAUUCUUUUAAAAAUAAAAAGUAUUUAAAAACCUG